AUGGACUUCCCUCUCAUACGGCGGGAACGCACACCCGUUGAUGCGACCAACUUCAUAAACGGCAUCCUCGGCGACAGAAGACCGCACGUGCCCGAGCGAAACCUGCCGGGAGGAGGGAAUUGGGUGGUGCAAAAGGUCGGCGGCACGAGCGUGGGCAAGUUCCCCGUCAAGAUCGCCGAGGAAGUCGUGCAGGCAGGCCUCGACCCCAAAGGCGAAAACCGCAUCGCCAUCGUCUGCUCCGCCCGCAGCACCUCGUCCAAGUCCGAGGGAACCACCAACCGCCUCGUCCGCGCCGCCAUCGACUGCCAGGACUCGUCGUCAGGCAAGUUCCGCGAAAUUGUCGAGACCAUUCGUCGCGACCAUGUUCAGGCCGGGAAAGAUGCGUGCUUGGUGUGGGGAGGCGCGAACAGCGAGAUCCUGGAUCAGUACACGGCGGCGGUGAACGGGGAGUGUCGCAUGCUGCUGAGGAUUCUGGAGAGCGCGCAGUUUCUGAAGGCGGUGACGGAUCAGACGGAGGAUAUGAUUAUCUCGACGGGGGAGAAGUUGAGUUGUUUGUAUAUGACGGCGCUGCUGCAGUCGAGGGGCGUGCCGGCGGCGUAUGUGGAUCUGAGUGAGAUUAUUCAGUUUGAGGUUGGGAAGCUCUUGGAUGAGACUUUCUACUUGAAUGUGGGCAAGGCCAUUGCCGAGCGCAUUUUGAAGCUGGGGCCGGGUACAGUCCCAGUGAUCACUGGCUACUUCGGCAGUAUCCCAGGAGGAUUGUUAAAAGAGAUCGGGCGAGGCUACACGGACCUAUGCGCCGCUCUGACAGCUGUAGGCCUCAACGCCAAAGAACUCCAAAUCUGGAAAGAAGUCGACGGCAUCUUCACCGCGGACCCACGCAAAGUCGCCAACGCCAAACUGCUCGAAUCCGUCACCCCCAGCGAAGCCUCCGAGCUGACCUUCUACGGCUCCGAAGUCAUCCACCCCUUCACCAUGGACCAAGUCAUCCGCGCCACGAUCCCCAUCCGCAUCAAAAACGUCAUGAACCCGCGCAACCCAGGCACGGUCGUGGUCCCAGACCCCGAAGACGAGCUCUCCGUCCGCCGCCCAGGCCUCUUCCGCAACCGCUCCCUCUCCUCCCUGAGCGCGCACGAGAAAGCCAAACGCCCGACGGCCGUGACGACCAAACGCGGCAUCACGGUCCUGAACGUCCACUCCAAGAAACGCACGCGCGCCCACGGGUUCUUGAUGUCCAUCUUCCACAUUCUGGACCAACACAAGUUGUCCGUCGACCUCAUCUCCUCCUCCGAGGUCCACGUCUCCAUGGCGCUCCACAGCGAAAUCGCCCUCCUAUCCGACCACGGCGAGGAGGAGCUCAAAAUCGAAUCCGCGGCUCUGCAAGGCGCCGUCGAUGCUCUCAGUGUCUACGGCGACGUCGACCUCGUGCCUGGCAUGGCGAUAAUCUCGCUCGUCGGUCGCCAGUUACGUAGCAUGGUGGGCAUCAGUGGGAGAUUCUUCAGCACAUUGGGGGAGCACGGGAUCAACAUCGAGAUGAUAUCCCAGGGCGCGAGCGAGAUUAACAUCAGCUGUGUGAUUGAGGAGGCGAACGCGGAUCGGGCGUUGAAUGUGGUGCAUACGAAUUUGUUUACGUUUUUGGAAUAG